AUGCGGUCGAUAUUGGGUCUGAGCAAGGAGUUCACCCUUCAGGUGUUCGACCGGUCCUUGGGACAGGAUGCCAUCAGCAUCGUGCCGGUGCUGAUGAGACCCAAGAGCCGCGGUCACGUCAAACUGCGCGGACCCGACCCCCUCGACCCGCCCGUCCUCGAGGCCAACUACUACGAGCGCCAGGAGGACGUGGACGCCAUGGUCCGCGGGAUCAAAGCGGCGAUAAGGGUUGCGUCGACGGAGGCGUUUCGUCGGUUCAACACGACGCUCCUGCCCCAGCCGUUCCCAGGUUGCGAGCACUCGAGGUUCGCCAGUGAUCCUUACUGGGCGUGCGUCACCCGUCACGUGUCCAUCACGUUGGGGCAUUUCACGGGCACCUGUCGCAUGGCGCCUCGGGAGGACGGUGGCGUCGUUGACGCAAGGCUGCGCGUCCACGGGGUCAAGGGACUGAAGGUCAUCGAUGCGAGCGUCAUGUCCGAAAUUGUCGCCGGGCACACUUGCGCCCCGACUUACGUGAUCAGGGAAAAGGUAGCCGGUAUGAUCAAGCAGGACUGGGGCAUGCGCCCGUAG